CUGUCAAUAGAAUCUAUGUCAGAGUUUCAGCGCCAUCCCAAACUAUAUUUCACCGAUGGUAAUAUCUGUCUCUCUGCGGUAUCGCACGCUUCAGCUGCCUCGCAAAGUGAUUCUAGUGCAGAAACGCUAGCUGCUCCUGAUCAUUCACUUGCUGCUGGCAUCUUCUUCCGCGUCCAUCAAUCAGUGCUCUCCAUCCACUCUCCAAUCUUCUGCGACAUGCUCGGUCUACCGAGCACAGACGAUACGAAUGAGAAAUACGAUGGCGUGCCUCUUGUGCAUAUGCCAGACAGUGCCGAAGAUCUCGAGUCUCUUCUUACGGCCUUGUACUACGGUUACGAGCUACCAUAUCGCAGACUCGACCCUCGUACACCUAGUGCCGUGCGGAGUAUUCUCCUCAUCGCAACCAAGUACCAAGUCGACUUCAUACGCCAACGCAUAGUCAAACAACUCGAAGAGGAUUGGCCUCAAACCAUAGAUCAAUGGGAAAGAUUGGAGGCGGAAGUUGAGAGGGCACAAUCGCAGCACCGCUACCGUAGUCGCAGCGCCAAAGACCCCGGAGCACUCAUCGACGACAUGCUCCCUGAACCCGCCUCCGCCAUCUGCCUCGCACGCGAAUGCAACAUCCCGUCCAUUCUCCCGGCAGCGUUCUAUCACUUGGCACGUAUCAAUAUCGAGCACGAUUGGGACAGCGCACAUAGAAAAAAGGACGACGUCGCCUCGGUAUACAACGGCAUUCGACGUUACGCUCGGACGGCUCGCUGGUCUCUACUUAGCGCAGAGGACCUUCGGUGCUUGAUGUUAGGAAAGUCCAGGAUUCUUAAACAGGGAGCGGUAGGCAUGCCUAUGCGCGAUUGCGGGCAACCUCUAGGGCCUGAAGAAUUUUGCCCUGUAACCUACGAAUAUUCGCAUGAACUGCGCGAUAGAGUGCGGGCGGGUGCAGCCUCAGAUAUCUUCAAGGUAUAUCGCGAGGUCAUGAAGGAGAUUGAGCUGGACGCAUGUGGUGACUGCGCCAAUGACUAUGGGAAAGCAAUCGACCGCCACUUGAAAGUGUUAUGGAGAAGGCUGCCGGAGUUCUUCGCGCUUCAGUGAGGGCGUCGUCCGCCGAGAUUAACGACUUGAUAUACUUACUUGUGUCCUAUAUGCCUCUCGUUCAUGCUUGUCCUAUGACUCAACCUGCUGCCAUAGGCUUUUCGAAAAAUAUCCGUACUUUACUCGGUCCCGUUGGUCGGUGAACGGUGACACUCGUAGGCUUUUGGUGGACUUUGUCAACUCGC